AUCAGUUUACCUCAAAACACAUCCACGUCAUGGCUGUGUCACCUUGGUCGCUGAUUCUACUGCUGAUCCUGGGCUGUCCCAGCUACAAGGCCCUCGAUGAGAAGCGGAUUCGGGGAGUGCUGAACCUGGAACGCGAUCUCCUACAGAACCUCCGCGAAUAUGCCGAGAAGCUGGAGGAGAAGAUCAGUCUUAUAAACAAUUCUUUGGAUGAGUACAUCGACGAGAUAGACGAGGCCAAGAAGGAUCCGGAGGAGUACCUCUCCAAUCCGCUGAAUGCCUUCCGACUGAUCAGGCACAUGCACCAGGAUUGGGUCGGCUGGCAGGUGUACAUGGAGGAGCAGGUGGGCCGUGAACAGGUGUCCAAGAUGGAGCGCCUACUGCCAAAGCUCCCUCAAAAGUCGGCCUUCAAGAAGGCGGCCAAGGAUGUGCAUAAUCUGACCCGAUUCUAUGGCUACGAACCCGCUGAUCUGGUGGCUAAAAAUGAGCUAAAGAGCCCCCUCCAUCUUUCCCCCCUGGACUGCUAUUACUUGGGAAUGGAGCUCUACGAGGAGCACGAUUACCUGGGAGCAGCCAAGUGGUUGCAAGUAGCUGCCCAUAACUACACUCGCUCUAGAUACAGUGAUCUUUUCCAUCUUUUGGGGGCACCACGCUGGCAGGUCUUUCGAGAUCUGGGCAGAACCCUAUUUAAGCUGAAUCGGGAGUCCGCCUAUGCUGCCUACGAUUCGGCACUUCGGUUGAAUUCCCAGAACGUCCACCUCAUGCAGGAGAUUGGUCAGAUGGAGCUGUUCACCCUGAGGGACCCUAUGGAACCCAUACUUGAUCCUGAACCAAAUCCCACCCUUCAGGAGAGCCACUGUCGAGGCAACAUUACUCCAAAAAAGGGUAGUCUGCAGUGCGAGAUCAACACCUGGGUCCACUUAUUCCUGGAAUUCGCUCCCUUAAAGUUUGAGGAGCUCAACAAGGAUCCUUACACCGUCCUUUAUCCGGGAAGCGUCUACGAGGAGGAGAUAAGGCACAUCGAGGACGCCUACGAACGAUGUCCGCCGAGCGCCCAGUUCGAGCUAAAAAAGGGCAUCAACGGGUGUUCGGUCUCCGAUGGAUAUAGCCCAGUGCUGAAGACCAUCAACGAGAGGAUCUUGGACAUGACGGGAGUGGAGGAGACGUUUGGUACUUUCUAUAUAGUCGAAUACUCCCAGCUGACGACCUUUGAUCCCUUCAAACUUUUUAGGAACUCUAGUAAGUUCCGAAAGCUCAACGCCAAAAAUUUGGAUAAUGUCGAUGCCACUGUAAUAAUAUUUCUGAAGGAUUUGGCCUUGGGCGGGGCUAUUACCAUUCCAAAUGAUGGUAUUUUUGUGCAACCCAAGAAGGGCAAUGUGCUGAUCACCUUCCAAAAAAAGGAACUCCCUACUACGGUUUGUCCAAACAUCGCGGGUAGCGGAUUAGUCAUGAUCAAGUUUAUUUUCAAGAAAUAGGAGUAAGCGGAUUUUUUAUUCGAAGCCGUCUGAAGCUAAUCAUUAAUAUUAUUAAUAAAUCAUUUAUUAUUAUAAUAAAAGGUGUAGUGGCAAGUUAAUGUAAUAA